GUUAGUGCUCGCCUCAAACACACCACAAGUCAAUUAACGUAAGGACUUAGAAAACUAUUUAUGAAGGUAAAAAAAGUUACUUAGUUCUGCUUUAAUAUCACAGUUCACACUGUUGUACUCAAUCUGUCUCUCACAGUGAGUGUUCAUAUUUCAAACACUGUUAUCUGAAGAUGGUUCAUCUGUUUAUUUUGGUGCUGCAUGUGGCAUAUGGCUGGUGUGUUUGGUGAUUCAGUGUCAGUGAUGGAGGGAGAUUCUGUCACUUUAUACACUGAUAUUACUGAAAUACAAGAUGACAAGAUACUGUGGAAAUAUGGAGCUGAAAAGUCUCUGAUAGCUGAAAUCAAUAGAGCUGCUGGAAUCUUCUCCACAUAUGAUGGUCCUUAUGGAAGAUUCAGAGACAGACUGAAGCUGGAUCAUCAAACUGGAUCUCUGACCAUCACAAACACCAGAACUGAACAUGCUGGAGUUUAUAAACUAGAGAUAAGAGGAGCGAAACUGACAACAAAAACAUUCAGUGUUUCUGUCUAUGCUCGUCUGCCUGUUCCUGUCAUCAGCAGUAACUCUUCACAAUGUUCUUCAUCAUCAUCAUCAUCAUCAAAUUGUUCAUUGGUGUGUUCAGCUGUGAAUGUGAGUCAUGUGACUCUCUCCUGGUACAAAGGAAACAGUUUAUUGUCCAGCAUCAGUGUGUCUGAUCUCAGCAUCAGUCUCUCUCUACCUCUGGAGGUGGAAUAUCAGGAUAAAAACACCUACAGCUGUGUGCUGAACAAUCCCAUCAGCAACCAGACUCAACAUCUGGACAUCACUCACCUCUGUCACACAUGUGCAGAAGUCCACGCCCCUUGUUGUGAUUCUGUUGAAACUGUGCUCCGAUUGGUCGUCACUGCUCUGAUGGGCGUGGCUGCAGCUGCUGCUGCUGUUCUUCUGGUCAAUGACGUCAGAUCUACAAGAGCUUAAUUAAAGAAAAUAGAACUCAUUAAACAUUGUGGCAUAUAUUGGAGUUUUAAUCAGUAAAAAUGAAAAUAUACGUGGUCUAAUUGUUAAGUGAUGGUGAAAAGAGGCUUUGCUUACUAAUUCUUUCCUCUGAACUGGAUUGUUUGAAGUUCAUUACCAGAAUCUGGUGUAUUAGGGCCAUCUGCUGGCCAAAAUUAUGAAUAUUCUGCAAUAUUUCAUUUUAUUCUUUAAUGCCUUCCAUUUUACAUUUGUUUGUUAAUUACAGUUUUCAUAUUUUUACUUAAUUUGUUCUUGCUUUUUUUCAGUUUGUUUCAUAUGCAGCAUCCUCACAAAUACAAAUGUAAAAAUAUUUGUCACGCCAAUAAAUCACUAGAAUUUAACUGAAAAUUGAAUAUUACCUACCAAACCGAUAUACAUCUAUAAAUCAUGUAUAAGCCUCAAUUUUAAUUGAAGGGGUAU